CUCUUACAUUGGCAGGCUUGCUCGUGUUGAUAGGACGAGGUGUCGAUGCCAAGAUCGGUGCACUCACGCGCUUCUUGCUAAACAAGGUGCACGGUGUACGUGCUGCAGGAUCCUUGCGUGGGCAAGAAGGGGAGGAAACGAAGCCAGAUCUGAUGAGCAUUUGCAAAAGAGCCCAAUGCUUCGCCUGCCUUGGGUGGGGACGUGAGCCGGGCCUCAGGGAGUGAUUAAUCUGCGAGAUUAAUCUGAUUUUCUCAGUACCUGGGUGAUGUUACUCUGUGAGUUGCCAGCUCCCAGUGUAACAAGAUCCCAUGUGCGACUCAUCUGAUGCAACUUUGGGAUUUGUAUUUGGUGAAUCCUGCCCAGCUGGUGGAGGAGGAGGAGAGCCUUCUUACUGUGCCACUGUUCAGCUCGCACUCCCUCUGAAGAUGCCCUCUGGGGUCCAGGUCCGGGCCCCCACCCUUCAAAAGGGUUAGAAAAUGCCUCCUUGCUCAUGGAAAGCAGAAUCUCGAGGAAGCCUCCAGUGGGAGUGUGAAUGAAGAUUUCACAACCUGGUCCCCAGCAGGAAGAGCAAGCUGGCUGCCUGCUGCCUGGGUGUUUCUGAGCCGCCAAAGAUAAGGGAGGGAGAUGAAGUGCUGAACUUCUGACAACACGACACAGAGUCCCCGAAGGAGAGGUAUCAGCAUGGCCUAUAAAAGCCAAGCUGGUGGAAUUGAGAAAAAUGGGUCGCUUUCCUCCAUCUUCUAUUGCAAGAGCGAUUUAAAGGAAGGAUCCCUGCAGUGGGCGAAAGGUGGCAGGUUUUUCAGCGAUGCUCACUCACAGCACCUCAUCUGCAAGAUGUCUGGAGGAGAUUAAGCUCAGCAAACAAACAGGACGUUGUUAUCCUGGAGGUUUCAGAUGCAUCUACUCUUCCCUUCUGGAGCUGAUGCAGUCACGCCCUUUUGUAAUGCAAUUGCCUCAUUUUAUUUGGCAUCUCCUGUUCCUGAGCAGUGAAGAGAUGAUGAAGAUGGCAGAUGAAAGCAGGAGAGAAGGCAAGGACCCCCCCAACGGGCAGGUGCUCAUGGUGCUCAGUAUGGACAAUAACUGCUCGGCCACCUCCUUCGACAUGGAGCUUUGUGCAGAGAAGCUCAAGUCCCUCGGUGUUCAGGUGGCAGCAGAUGAGUGGAGGAGAUUAAUCCAGGAGGCCGUCCUGAAGCCCGAAGUGCGACGGUACAUGUUCUACAACUCCAGGGCGUUCCAGAUCGCCAUCGCUGUGAUCUUCUACAUGUCUCUCUGGACAAACAUUUACUCCACAGUCCAGCUGUGCUCCUUCGGGCGCUACUGGGAGGCCAGUGUGCUGGUGACCCUGGCUGCCGUGGUCAUCACCGUGGUCGUAAUACUGGUCCUCGACCGGCGCCAGAGGAAGAUAAAUAUGAAUACAGAUGUGAGGCUGGCAGCUGUCAAUGAAUUCUUUAUCAAACACAGUUUAAUUCUGGGGAUUACAGAUGUCCUGGACGGGCCACACAGCAUCCUACAACUGUGGUUUGUGCACUUCAGCCCGGAGCGCUGCCUUCAGUCCUUGUCAGCCCACCUCACCGAGCUGCGGCAGACGCGAGAGUCAGGCUUGCGGCACAGCCUGGACCAGCUCUGCGUGGUGAUGGAGGUGGCGGUUCAGCCUGAGCCGGCAGUGGAGGAGGCUUCAUGCGAGGAGUCCCCUCUCCUAUCCAACGGCGUGAACUUCAAGAAGGAGCCUGUGAUGUGCAACCAGCUGCUCCACCUCAUUCCUGAGGGCCCACCAGAGGUGAUGGCCCAGCAGCUCCUGGUCAUCUUCAGCGGCUGCUACGUCCGGCUCCUGGUCAGCGGCCGGCUCCCCCUGACCUCAGCAGCUGGGCACGUGGAGCCCAGCAGCGUGCCCUGCCUGUGCCAGUUCAUCCAGAGCGCCGUGCUCAGCACGCAGCAGUGCUGCCUCCCGGGGAGGUGACCCCUGGGGGCUGCAGGAAGCCGAAACAGGCUGCCCAUGCACAGCAGCGAGGAGAAGCAGAGGAGAAGGCUGUAAGCCCCAUCCUGGACUUAUCGGGGUGAACGAAUGGAACUCUAAUAAACAUGCAAGUUAUCAGGAAGCUGCUGGCCUUUGAAACCUGCUGGCCUGGCCCCAAGCUCUGCCCAGAGGAGCUGCUUUGGGUGCCAGGAACAAUCUUGCGGCAGCUUGGAGCACCCGUGGGUGGCCCCUGCUCUGACCCAGGGGUCAGGGAGAGCAGCCUGGAGCAGCUGGAGAUGGCAGCCCCACACUGGUGCGGUGCAGCACACGGGCUCUUUGGAAGAAGGACAGGGAACGUCUGUGCAUUACAAAUGUGGCAUCUGCUCCGGAUUUGGAUUGUGGCAUGCAGUUGUUGGUGACAGGGACCUCUGUCCUGUCCCAGCCGCUGCCAAGUCAGUGGCUGAGACCUCAUCCAAGUUGCCAUUCAGGGGCCAGUUGGGGCAGUGCCCGGUGCCUGCCACCUCUGCAAGCUCCCGUGGGAUGAGGUGCUGGACAUUUGACAAUCCAUGGGACUAAGCCUUAAAAAGGGCCCUCUGCAGGGCAGGCAGCCUGGGGCAU